UUAUCUAUCUAUCUAUCUAUCUAUCUAUCUAUCUAUCUAUCUAUCUAUCUAUCUAUCUAUCUAUCUAUCUAUCUAUCUAUCUAUCUAUCUAUCUAUCUAUCUAUCUAUAUGAAUGACUGAUACAGCUUGUCUUACAACUUUCGCAGAAUCACCUAUUUUAUAAGAAAUUGCUAAUUUAUGUAGACCAAUCAAUAUCAACAAGAAAAAAGAAAUACAAAACAAAGCCAAAAAAAAAAGUACUCUGUGAUUUGAAUUAUUUUUCAUAUUACACCUGAUCGCUAAUGAAAGAUUUCUACGUGAUCGCAGAGAAGUAUGAGGCUGAAAAACAAGUGUUGAAAGCAGAGAGAAACAUUGAUAAUUUGAUGGUACGAGUCUUGUAACGAAAAGAAGAGUUAUACAAUUAAAGGAUUAUUUUGAUGUCAGGAUUGAAAGGCACAAAAGAAAAUUAUAACGAAAUAUAAAGAGGAAAAGAUGAAAUGGAAGAAAUGUGAAGUUUAAAGGUGUAAAAAUGGAAUAUUACGUUGAGUGUUCGAAAAGGUUAUAUAACAGGCAUCAUGGUGAAAUACCGAAUUACUGCAUUCAGGCGACAGAAUUCUUCAAAUAACUUACAAAAUAUAUUCAAGAAGAAUCCGUUUGGAUAUAACUAUAUUCGAUAAGAAGAAAUAGAUUAAUUUAUCAGUGAAUACUUCACAAUGAAAGAACAUACAAAUUUAUCUUCAAAUUUUACUUUGAUAGAUAAACCGAAUCAGAUCCUUGAGAUUGCUGGAACUUUACAUAUAUAUGCGUUGCCCGUCCUAAUAGCCUUUGGAAUCCCAAGCAAUUUGCUGUCUCUGGUUGUUUUCACAUGUAGCACAGCCAUGAAUAAGCUUCCAUCCAGUACAUAUAUGGCAGCACUUGCUCUAUCAGAUUCAGGCUUUCUUUCAAUUCUCUUAUGCAUCUGGCUGCAACAAAUGAAAAUACAAGAAUAUGUCACACAGUUGUGGUGUCAAGUAAUUGUUUUUGGUGCGUAUAUAUUUGGCUUUUUGUCGGUUUGGUUCACAGUUUUAUUUACAAUAGAACGAUACAAAGUAAUAUGCUAUCCCUUGAAAGCAACACAGAUUUGUUCUAAACGGAGGGCUCGGUUAUCUACUCUUAUAAUCUGUAUAAUCGCCAUGUUUCUGUAUUUUUCCAGUUUUUGGACGACCAUCAAUCACCAAGGAGAAUGCACAUUUCGUGAAGAACUGUUCAUAUUACUUACAAUAAUAACUUACGUCGAUACUAUAAUUACGUUUUUAAUACCAUUCUUAGCCAUUGUUUUUAUGAAUAUAAGAAUAAUCUUCGCUGUGCGCGCGUUAAAAAAGCGCAUCAAUUGGCUACAGGAAUCUCAGCCUCACGAAAAGAUCCAAAAUUUGUUGUCAAAAACACAAAUGAAGCUGACCAAGUCGUUGGUAAUCGUUUCAAGCGUUUUCUUAAUGUUAGUCCUUCCCAGCCAUUUUACGAGAUUUUAUUUUCUAAUUUUCACCCAUUUUUUAUCUUCUGAUUUAAAAUUAACUUUGCAAACUGCUCAGUACAUCUUGCAAUUUCCUUACUAUUUAACAUUUGGCAUCAACUUCCUUCUUUACACUUGUACAAGUUAUAUGUUCCGACAAGGUCUUUUGGAAAUUUAUCGAAAUAUUAAAGAGAAAGUUCGAUCGAUAAAGUUUAAAUGAAUUUGCGGAGGAAUACAAAAUAUCGUCAUUUUUUAAUUAUUUUUCAAGAAACAAGCUGCUAAUAUAAUCGACCAUAUGUGUACAUUAACUGUUUACUUUUUUAAAUUAAAAUUUGUGUCACUAUUAUUGCCUAAUCCAAGAUGUAUUUUAUGGAUAUAGUGACAGCACAACAAUAAAUCCGAUUAUUCACUAUAUACCCAUACACCUGUAUAUCUAUCUAUCUGUCUAUCUAUCUAUCUAUCUAUCUAUCUAUCUAUCUAUCUAUCUAUCUAUCUAUCUAUCUAUCUAUCUAUCUAUCCACCAGUCUGCCUGUCUGUUUGUC